AUGGGAAUCGGAGACGAACUAGAAAACGGGAUGAGGACGAUAGAAGGCGAAGCCGUUCUAGAGAUGGUUAUAAGAGAAGAAGUAGCCGUUCUAUAUCCCGUGAACGGUACUAUGUAUCUAAAUCUCGGAAAACGACGAGGUAUCAAAAAAGAAUCCAGCGAUGGUGAAGGCAGUGAUCACCAGGAACUGGAUUCACUGAAAAAAAAUGCUCGAGAAGAUGCUAUCUGGGCAGAGCGUCGCAAGGAACGUGAACGACGUUGUGAGUGGGGCGUUCGCGGUGUUUGGGGACGUUCUCCCCUCAUGCAUGAAAUACAUCAAGUGUAUGAGGAGUAUGAAAGAGUGGAGGAAGAGCUUCGAAAAGAGGAGGAACAGCUGCCUCAACCUUUGAAUAUUAAAGCCACUGAAGUGGCAAAAAGAUCGAAAAAGGAAGAAAAAGGAAAUAAAAAGAAACAGAAAGAAAAAAAGAAGCACAAGAAAAAGCAUAAGAAAUCAUCGAGCGAAAGCGAAGAGUGGGUGGAAGUGACCGCUGAAAUGCGAGAAGCUGAAGCAGCUCGAGAGAAAUUAGAAGAAGCUGCAAUGAUUGGACCCGCAAUACCAGACCAUCUCCAACAGAAACACGCUGCUUUAGUGGAUACUACAAAAAGAGUAAAUUAUGGGAAGGACAUGUUACGAGGAGAAGCGGCAGCAAUGGCUUCAUACAUUGCACAAGGAAAACGAAUACCUCGACGUGGUGAAAUAGGUCUUUCAUCGGCAGAAAUUUCAGAAUAUGAAAAAAUAGGUUAUGUGAUGAGCGGCACAAGACAUAAAAGUAUGGAAGCUACCCGUUUGAGGAAAGAAAACCAGGUUAUGACAGCUGAAGAGAAACGGCUUUUGAGCGGUUUUACUCAUGACGAAAGAAAGAAAAAAGAAGAAAUUGUGCUGCAGCAAUUCAAAAGUUUUAUAGAAUCGAAAAAAGGGAAAAAUUAA